GUGACCUCCCUGUUGACUUUAUGCCUAAGGUACAAAGUAUUCACGAGGCUUCCAUCAGCUACGUUCUUGUAUUCAGUAUUCUUUCACAAAGUGGCUGGUGAAAUUCGUGCUUAGUGUUUCGGGUGGAGCAGAACUAUGGACUGUAACGACGUUAGAUUACCGCAACAAAAUAUUGCCAUCUUCUAUCCAUUAGAGAGCAAAUAAUACAAUUUAACGACUUAUCCUGCUAAGGCGACGAGUCAGGACUAGCGUGUAGAGUUCGUGUUUCGUCAUUAGCUGACAAGCUGAGAUUCAUAUGGUUGCAAAGUAUUCGUGCAUUAAUGUUGGAUUAUGUUUGUUGUGGAAACUUCAUCCCUAUCUUGAACAUUCUGUUCAGAAGGGUUGCCAUAUUUCGACUUCCAAGUCAACUACGGAGUAUUCGAACUUCGACAAGGUGUCUGACGGAACUCAAGCUUACGUUUGCUUCAUCAGCCCAAGCCUUUUACAACAAUGUCGCGGUAAAGCAAGUUGACGUUCCCACUUUAAAUGGUCGUUUCGGUGUUUUGGCUGAACAUGUCCCCACAGUGGGUUGUCUAAAACCCGGUAUUGUGGCAGUCACUGAAAAUGACGGAAGUGUAAAAAAGUAUUUCGGUACGUUUCGUCUACCUAGUAAGGGAAAUAAUUCAUUAAGUUUUAUUGUUAAUGAUACUGGUUAAGAAUGCUAAGUCAGUCAGUCGGCUACAACGUAAGACCUGGCACAUAUAUGCAUCGGUCUAGGUUGCCAUACCUCAUUAGCACAACAAGAUGAACACCGAAUUCAUAGUAGUUAAUUCAAUGGUGGUAAUAUAUAAGAGAAAGAUUGCAUAUAAUGAUAUAGUACAGUUAAAAGAAUUAGUUGGUAAAAAGAAAGAUAUGAAGCGAUUUUAACCUCAAAGUUCAAGGGAAGACAGAGUGUAUACACCUAUGCCAUUGUGAUCGAUUCAGAGCCAUCUCACAUAGAAUCUCAAACCAUUGGUUAUGAUAGUCUCGCGGACCCCAACCAAGUAGUCUGCAUCUACCAACAUGGCUAAUAUUAAAGUUAUUGACUUCGAGCACUGAUGUUAGGUAAUUUUUAUUGCACUAAUAACCCAUUCAAAUGAUUCUCUACCCUUAAUAUUGAUGUUAGUUUUAGCAUAUACGAGUCACCAUUUCCAAUAAUCACAGUGACAAUUAACGGAGUGGUUCGUGUUAAUGUGAUCUUAUACUUCACCAGGUUAUUCUGUUUAAUCGCUUUUGGCUCCUAGUGUAUGAAUGUCUUUUAGUUGUAAGAGCGGAACCACAUGAAAAAUAUCGAUCGCUAGAAGUAGUGAUUCAUCUUAACUGCACAACUAACGACCAGCGUAAUGUAAGUUAAGUAUACAUAUAGAACUAGAACUCAAAAUCUGGUGCAUCAAGAUAAAUCCAGAAAUAGUUUUGAGGAAACUCCUGGGGAAGGUCUUAGUCAUCAAAGCUUUAUGUAGUCAAUCCUAGUCAACGUAGAGCCUGACGUCACUCCGAUUUGCUAUGCCGAAUGAGCACAACGAGAUGGCUACCGAGGGGGUUAAAAUAAUAGCAAUAGUGGGAAAUAAAGACCGAGUGUUUUCUCAAAAGGUAUUAAAAUAUGGAUGUAUAAAGGAUUAUUGAAGCUCAAGAUCUUAAGGAAAGUAAAGAACGAAUGGAUCUGCACCAUCGGUAUCGGCUCUGAUAUAACAUCUCCGAACACUGAUCACGAUUAUUGCUCAAAUCUACACCUAUCAACAUGGCUCGGGCUAACAAUAAGUAGCUUCAUGAACUGAUGCUAUAUCUUGGUUUGGGGACACUUUAACCUUCCUUCAAUCUUAUUCUACUAAUGCGAGUAUUCAUUUAAUAGUUUGUACUUAGUGUCUUGAAGGUGACUAAAGUUGUAUACAUUACAUUUUAUAGUAUAGAUAUUUCGUUACUUCAAUUAUCAUGUGCAAUGGACAAGCCACUUAGCCAGUACUUUUACUCACCCUACUUCCACUUUUUUUAAGACUUGGCUGUCGCGAUUAUCAUUUUGAACUCAACUGGGUGAUAUACUUGCCACUUCGGUUCCUACCAUAUCAAGCAGACUAUUUGGAAGGUGGCGAAAUCAAUAACUAUAGUGGUAGUAAUAAUAGUAAUAAUGAGAAAAGCAGUUCAGUUAAGAAAAAUACAAGCAAAAAAUUCUUCCAGUUAAGGGAGUUACUAUUUUAUAAGGAAAUGAAAAGAAAUUUACAGCAGGAUCGCCACUGACUUCCAUUCUGAGCCAUGUCUGAUGACUUCUCAAGGCCGUGUUGCAACAUCUCUAGGACCUUAACCAGGGGUCCGUGAAGAACCAACAGAAGCAAGUCCUUAACAGCGCCGAUACCACAUGUCAUACACUGGUCACCACUUUUUCCAGCUGGUCCCAGCAUUGGCAAACAUUUUAUUUAUUUAUUUGAACACAUAUAUUGGUACAGGAGUGCGCCAAAUAUAUAUGCGCCACACAUUGCACAAUGUGGAAUUCGCUGGCACACAAAUCAGUGGAGGGUGAUGAUACAAUCAAUACAUUCUCAACCAGAACGAAAACCAACCUGCCAAUGUAAUUCGGGUUUUGAACAAUCUGCAAAGUAUGACGGAGUCCAGUGUUUUGGACUCAAUCGGAAGUAGACUUAUUACCUGAUAGUUGUUGCAUAGGUGAUGUGAACCCUUUUUAAAGAUAGGGACAACUAUCGACUCAUUCCAUAAUGUUGGAAAUUUGUCUAAGUUAGUAGCGGUAUUGUAACUGUCAAUAGUGACUCAUCUAUUCAAGUUCUUGCCGAAGAAGCAGCUUCACUUGACCAGUUGGACCCUGACGCUGUUAAAGAUGGAAUGUCUAGGGCACAAUCCGAGUUGUCAAGCGCUACUACAGAACUGGGGAAGACAGAGGCUCAAAUUGCCGUUGAAGCAUUCGAAGAAAUGUCUCGUGCUCUUCAGGAACAAAGUUAAUUUAUUAUUUGUAUCACCAAGUUUGUUAGACUGAAUAAUUGUAGCUACAUUACUGUACAUCUUCUCUUGAGUCUUUUAUGCUUCGGAGCCGUAAUAUGUUUUAACUAG